AUGAUGAAAAUGUCACCGCUGCUUCUGCUGCUUGGCCUUGCUGUGACCUCCACUGCUGCUGCUGGAUCAGGCAGCUGCGUGGGCCGCUGUGGCGAGCUCUUCUCCAGAGGCCAGCCGUGUGCCUGUGACUUCAACUGCCUGCAACACAACGAGUGCUGCCUCGACUUCCAGACCACUUGCACCGCUGCUCAGUCCUGUCAGGGCCGCUGUGGUGAGUUGUUCAGGCGCGGUCGGCUGUGCGAGUGCGAUCCUCAGUGCAUCCAGUUCAACACCUGUUGUCAUGACUACCAGCAACACUGUGAUGCCAGUGUUUCCCACACCAGGCUCCUCCAUCCUGUGAGGUCGGCAGCUUCAGGACAUCUGGGAUCAGGGAGCAGCAGGAGAAUGUCCAACAGUGCCAGCGAGGAAUUGUUCACAGGUGUGAGGCACUUCCCAGUUGGUCUUCUGCCAAUGUCCAUCCCCGUCUCUCACGGCAGAGUUCCAGUCUCACCAGGACGGGGCUCCUCCUCCUCUCUGCCCAGCCACAGUGCUCCGUCUGUGGGCAGCGGGGCUCCCGUCAGUCCCUCUGGUCAUGGAGCAGUUGAUGCACCCAGUUGCGUGGCAGUCCCCAAGCCCAGACCCAGCACCCUCCAGGACAUAGCCCAGGCCUCGGGCCAGGUGGAAGGGGGUCCUCAGGGACCAGGGACAGGACUCUUUGCUGAUGCCAACCUGUGCAGUGAUUCCCCCAUCAAUGGACUGACUGCUCUGAGUAAUGGGACCAUUCUGAUAUUUAAAGGGGGUCUGGUCUGGUCGGUGGACGCCGUCAGUCGCUCAGUAAGUCGUCCUCAGAGUAUCACGGACACCUUGGGCGUCCCCUCUCCCAUCGAUACCGUCUUCACACGCUGCAACUGCCACGGACACACCUACAUCAUCAAGGGAGACCAGUACUGGCGUCUAGACGGGAACAUGGUGAUGGAGCCGGGCUACCCCAAACCUCUGGUCUCUGAGUUCCCAGGUCUGACAGGAAGCAUCAGCGCUGCACUGGCAGCACCAGCCACCGGCAGCAGAGCAGAGACGGUGUACUUCUUUAGGAGCGGAGACAUCAUGCAGAGGUUCACCUUCCCACCAGGCAGCACUCCAUCCUGCAGCAAGAAACCAAGGAGCUCCUCGAGGACACGUGUCGCUCGCCAGGCUGAUCUUCUCAGUGGAGAGAUCAACAUCAAAGUGUCUCUGAUGGGAUUCCCCACCCCGGUCACCGCUGCCCUGUCCAUGCCCAGUCCUAAGAGGAGAGACCCAUAUGAGCACUACAUCUUCUCUGGACCUCUCUUCUUCAGCAUCCAGAUUUCAGGUGACCUGCCAGCGCUGGUCAAACCGAACCCUUCUGCAGCCCUCGCCAGCCUCAGCCCCGUCGCCGUGGCGACCAACAUGGCCGCUCAAAAUGCCAACGCUCACCUGCCAGCCAAUUCCAUCAGAGCUUGGCUGCGCUGUCCCUAG